CCCCCUAUAGAAAACAAAACCAAACCCUUUACGCUUCCCAACGCCAUGGCCUCCGUCUCCGGCGGCGGCGCGGCGGAGGCGACGGUGGGGCUGCGGAGCACCUCCUUCCCCACGCCGACCGCGUCCUCCUCAUCCACGUCAUCCCCGUCGUCACCUCCAUCCCCUCCCCGUCGGGGUAUCGCAUCCCGAUCGAGCGGAUGGAGAGGGAGGUGGUGGAGAUGUACGUCCAAGACGUGAAAUCCAAGUCGCAGCAGGUGUUCUCCACCUUUAAGAGGCUCUGCGGCCGAAGAAACGUUGAGACUUUAGUAUUGGAAGGGGAGAGCCCUGCUGUCGCUCUGUUGAGGUAUGUAUCCGAGUGUGGUAUCAGGAAUUUGGUGUUGGGCGCCUCCUCCAUGCGUUGGAUCAGAAGGAUAUUUAAGCGCCCAGAUGUGGCCACUGUGCUCUUGAAGUCUGCGCCAUGUUCUUGCAACAUAUUUGCUGUGUCGAAACGGCAUCUUUCCAUGAAAUUUGCCAAUGACCCCUUUGUUGGUGGGAACAAUAUGCAAAUACAAAAAAUAAGUCAUAAGGCAUUUGUUGCAAGUCAAAAAAAAUUAAUCUUUGAUAAGCAAUCUUUAUAUGGUUCUCAAGAUAGUGAGACGCUGCAAAAACCGGCGCUAGUAGAAGCUAGUUCAUACCCAAAAUUUUCUAGUGAUGGAAGUGCUUCAAUUGAUGCCGGUCAAGGUUCAGAAAAUGCAUUAAUGAUCCCACACAAUGGAGAUCUUCAUGAAAAGAGCUCGAAUGAAGCUCCAGUCGAAGCAGUAAAACUGAGGAUAGAGUUGCAGAAUACACUUGCAAUGUACAACCGAGCAUGUGACGAUCUGAUACAUGCUAAGAAGAAGGUUGUAAUACUCGGAUACCGUUUGUUUUGUCCUAGUUGCUUUGCACGCGAGGACAUACUUUCCUUCCAAGACAGAGAAAUUCAUUUGCUUUCUGCUGAAUGUUCUGGAGAGGCUGAGAAGGUGAAAGAUGCACUAGAAAGAGAAAAAAUGUUGAAUAAGGUAGUUGCAGAAGAGAAGGCUAAACAUUUGAAAGCAAUGAAAGAAGUAGAGCAAGCAAAAGAAUUACUCGCAAAGGAGGUUCUAGAUAGGCAUAAGGCAGAAAUUGCUGCAAAUCGAGUCUCCUCGGAGAAGUCAAGAGUUGUGGAAGCAUUUUUGUCUAGUGAAAGAAGGUGUAGAAGGUACUCGAGGAAUGAAAUAGAGGUUGCGACUGAUAACUUCUCCGACACAAAGAAGAUUGGUGAAGGAAGUUAUGGUGAUGUGUACAAGUGCUCCCUGGAUCACACUGCAGUAGCUGUCAAGGUUCUUCGACAGGAUUCUGGUGACAAGAAAGAAGAAUUCUUGAGAGAGGUUGAGAUUCUUAGCCAACUUCGUCAUCCCCACAUGCUUUUAUUGCUUGGUUUCUGUCCUGAAAAUGGUUGCCUUGUGUAUGAAUACAUGGAGAAUGGCAGUUUAGAAGAUCAACUAUUCUAUAAUAAGGGUAAGGAGCCGCUUCCUUGGAAUGUUCGGUUUCGAAUCAUCUUUGAAGUGGCUUGUGGGCUCGCGUUCUUACAUGGCACUAAGCCCGAGCCUAUCGUUCAUCGUGACCUAAAACCAGGGAACAUUUUGCUGGACCGAAAUUAUGUGAGUAAGAUUGGAGACGUUGGUUUGGCGAAGCUUGUUUCGGAUGUUGUGCCUGAUGGUCUCACAGAAUACAAGGAGACCAUUCUUGCUGGUACACUAUAUUAUAUGGAUCCUGAAUACCAGCGAACCGGAACAAUCAGACCCAAGUCGGAUUUGUAUGCCUUGGGAAUUAUAGCUCUACAAAUUCUUACCGCUAAGCAUCCAAAUGGGUUGGUGGUGAGUGUGGAGAACGCGAUUAAAGGAGGUACCUUUCUUGAUGUUCUCGAUAAAUCUUUAACAGAUUGGCCAGUUGUUGAAGCGGAGAAGUUAGCGAGACUUGCGUUAAAAUGUUCGAGGCUAAGGUGCAGGGAUAGGCCAGAUCUCGAAUCAGAGGUUUUACCCGAGCUCGAAGAACUUUUCUACAUGUCGAAUGUUUGCUUUAAGUUGAGAAAAUCUAUUGAUUAUGCCCCUAGCCACUACUACUGCCCUAUAUUGAAGGAGAUAAUGGAUGAUCCGUACAUUGCGGCAGAUGGGUACACAUACGAGUAUAGAGCAAUAAAAGCAUGGCUUGAGAAACAUAUGAUAUCUCCUGUUACUAAACAUAGGCUUUCUCAUUCCUCCAUUAUGCCGAACCAUGCUUUGCGAUCAGCGAUACAAGAAUGGAAGGCGCGAGCAGCUUUUCUGAACUCGUGAGACGGGAGGUAUCUAUCAAUGCUGUAUAUAGUUGUAAUAUUUUGAUGAAAGACUAGGGUUCUGAGUCUGAAUCGAAAAUAGGGUACAUAGAUAGAAAACAUUCUUUAUAAGGGAAAAAAAAGAAGAGGGAGAGAAAUUGGUAGGUUAGUGACGAUAAUUUACCUAGGAAAUGGAGCAUGUACAGCAGGUUUUAACUUAAAUAACUUAAUUAAUAGAGCAAGCAAACCUGAGUUCUUGGAGAAUUUAGCUCGUUUGGUUUGUUAAAUGUUCGCGGAUGAAAUUAAGGCUUAGUAAAAUAUCAAUAAUGAAGAUAAUAAGACUUUUUAA